GCAAAAUUGCAAACGUGAAAACGAACGAACGAAGAUGGUUGUUAUUGCUAUGCGCGGUGCGAUGUAAAUAUUUCUCCAAAACAAAACAAUAGCGCGCGAAGAGAGGGACGCAAUUUAUUGUCCAGUCGUCCAGAUCGUCCACUCGGUCAUAAUGUCCAUUACGAAUGAUGCGCUCCAAGAUUCGGAGUCAGAAAACUGCAAAAUCUCAUCAUGUUAUACGGAGAGAUAUAACGUGCAGAAUGAGGAAAACACGACCGAUCUUGAAAACGAGGACGAUGCAUCGGAAAGACUAUCAACCGAUGUCGAUGGAAUGGAGAAUCAACUUACAUUUACAACAGAUUUUGAAUCGUCCAUCAAUUGCGGAAAAGAAACCGAGUAUAAUACGGAUUAAUAUUUCAAUUUAGAGUUGAUCGCACUUUCAUAAAGUCAUUUCAUGAAUUUCCACAAGUUUCAUGUCCAGAUUAUAAUCAAUACAAGAAAAUUCGGAAUUUUAUAAUUUAUAUCGCAGAUCGGUUCUUCAUGAGCGCGCCGAAAAACUUUGUUCGGAGAUGUCGAGUCUUCGGGAGAAACUGAACGAAGAAGUGGCUCUUUGGAAAAAAGAAAGGGAGGAAUUUCAGCUUCUUCGCGAGAGAAGCGACGCUCUCGCGUUCGAAGAGGCAACCGCAGCCGCGCGAGCCGCAGCCGCUGCUUAUGCCAUUGAAUCGCCGCUCUCGAACGGUUCAGAUAACAUUGUGGACAUUACGUCAAAGCAGAGUAUCAGGGAGUUCGCGAUACUCGAGUACGAGACAAAUCUCGCAAAGUAUCAAAAUCCAUAUUCCUUUGAGCAAGCCGAGCAACGGUACAACGCGUACAAACACGCGCUCGUCGACGCUUACGGGCAGAAAUUAUCCGAGGUCGAGCGCCUCUGUAACGAGGAACUGGAGAAGAUACGCCAAAGCGCCGACAGCUUACAGCCGUUUCAAAAAAUUGCAUCCCAGUGGUCCAUCGACGAGAACAAUCAUGGUGAUUCGAAUCGCGGUUCCGAUGAGCGAUCCACUAUGGAUCAAUCCAAGAUUGUCGAAAUCAGUCUCGGUAAUGAGACUAAUGAGUGGUGCAUAUGUGGGAAAAUUGACAAUGAAGUUAACAUGACCCCAGACAUUCUAUCCGCUCGAUUCAAACGUGAAGAAACUUCCAUUGCUACAUAAAAAGUUUUACAAUUUUUUCGCAUGGAUAAACUAUUCCGUGAUGUUGCAUUUAUAUACAAUACCUUUUCAACAAUCAAGAGAAGAAAAGAUCUUGAUGUCAUUUUUACUUGAUAAAAAUGGAUAUAUAUAAUUUGAUUACAAUUAUAAAUUUAUAUAUUAUAAUAACUAACUAAAAUAUUUAUAUCAAAAGAACUCUUUAUAAACCAUUUUUAUUUGUAAUACACAAAUGAAAUUUUGUCACGACGAAUAAGAGGAAAAAUGGCAAAGAUCUCACACGAUCUCCGAUAAUCGUGUCCAAAUAUCAUCUGGAUUAGCACGAUAACGUCUGUGUUUGACACGAGAUUCAGCUUCUUCCAAUAACAUUUUACACGAUUCGAUGCGCUUCGCUACAGCAGUUAAUUCUAUCUAAAUAACAAAAUAUUGAAAUAAAUAUUGAAAUGUAAUAUGCAUAUUAGAGAAUUGAUCAUAAUGGUACAUCCGUACAUACGUACACGCGUAUACAUGACGCAUUUUAUUUUUCACGAAAUAUAACUUGAUUUACUCACGUUAAUAUCUGUAGACUCUUUUGUCUUUAUCAACAAAUCGUAGUCGCGAGCAAGUUCUUCAGAGAUAUUUGUUAAAAAAACAAACGGUUGUUGUGCAUUUUCUGUAAUCUUACGUAGAGAAGCUUGUAAUUCUUCCGUAGUCAUUCCAUCAAUGUCGUAGGAAGGAAUUGUCAUGCUCCUUAAAUUGCGUACAUGUUCUACGGUCUCUUCUUCACUCGCAGUUUCUUCAAUCAAUUUAUUAGUAAUGUUUCCUUCGGUACUUUCGUCAAUGUGUAACUUGUCAGCUGUGCGAGCCAAUGCCUCAACAGGAUCGAUUUUCUUGUCAUCCAGUUUACUUUUCCCAUCAAACGUUUGACGUUUCGUCGAUUGUAGAGAUGGCAAGAACGUCGAUGACUUGGAUCUCGCUUGUAAUGGAGCUAGAUUUAUUCAACAAUAUUCUCUCUCUCUUUACCUAUUAUUAUGUCAGCUUACCCAUAGAAUUCUUUAUGCUGUCAAAGUCUUAUCCAAGUUGUACGUACGUGUAAAAUUCUUCACGCGAAAAACCAUUUGUCAAAGAUGUUUUUUUCAUAUAUUUCACCUUCGUAAAUUGCAUAAAAUUUUCCAACUUGAACAAAGUACGUUCAUCACCAUUGUAACGUAACGUGCGUUUCCACGAGCUUGUUUGAUCGAUUUUGUAUAUGCGCCGCAGAGUAUGUGUCAUACGUGUAAGUAAAUUGUAAUAAAAAAUAGGGUAACUGUUAAGUUUGCAUGUAUCUUUUAUACUAAUGUAUCGAUUGAUCAAGGUAUUGGAAGUUUUCUAUCACGAGAAAUAAAUGUAAAAACGUAUUUAUCAGAAAUGAUCUUUUCAUUUAACUAUAGCCAAGCCAGUACAUACGAUCAAAAUGGAAAACGAACAAAUGUAGAUCUUGUAACAAAUUUGUUAGGCAUCUUACGCAUACACAUUCAUGGCUUUUAAGUUAUCACUCGCAUAUUAAGUCAAAGUCACUUAUAAACCUAGGAUAGUAUUAUAUAUAUAUAUAUAUAUAAAUUGUCUAUUAACAGUACAAUAGCAAUUACAACUACUUCACAAAUAUUAAAGCUAUCACAAUACCUCCUUUUUCUCCGUUCCAUUAGUAUCUGACGAUUAAUUUCUCUAAAGACUGAAACUAGUAAUAGUAAUGGUUUUACCAGCGUCUUAUAAAAAAACAUGAAAUUAAUCUCAACAUUAUCAAUAAAAAAAAA